UUGAAAAGUAUAAAAUGCACAGAAAGCUUUGACACUAUCAUUCGAGAGGUCGCAGCUGUAAGGUCACGGCACCAAACUCAAGAUGAAGUUGUUCAUAGCAGCCCUAGCUCUUGCUAUAAUUUUUACAGAAACACAAUCAAGCAAAGUCUACAGAUACGACUGCAAAAAGGCUGGCUACUAUCCAUUGCCAAAGAACUGUCACUACUAUAUCCAAUGUGACGACAACGGAAAUGGAAUCAAAAUGCCAUGCGCACCAGGAACGGUCUGGAGCCAAAAGCUUUGCACAUGCGUACACAAGGCCUACGGUUGCAAUAGCUACGAUAACAAAGGUUACUGCCCAGCGUUCAAAUAUUACAAGAAGGGCUAUAAACAUGUAGCACAUGGCAGACAUGGACAAGGCAAGGGUUGCGUUGGAAGACAUUGUGGUGAACACGGCAAGCCUUAUGGCAAACCUUACGUCAAACCUUACGUCAAACCUUAUGGCAAAGGUUGCGUCGGAAAACAUUGUGAUGGACACAGCCAUGGUUGCGUUGGAAGACAUUGUGGUGAACACGGCAAGCCUUAUGGUAAACCUUACGUCAAACCUUACGGCAAGCCUUAUGGCAAAGGUUGCGUCGGAAGACAUUGUGAUGGACACAGCCAUGGUUGCGUUGGAAGACAUUGUGGUGAACACGGCAAGCCUUAUGGUAAACCUUACGUCAAACCUUACGUCAAACCUUACGGCAAGCCUUAUGGCAAAGGUUGCGUCGGAAGACAUUGUGGUGGACACGGCCAUGGUUGCAUUGGAAGACAUUGUGGUGGGUACGGCAAACCUUACGGCAAACCUUACGUCAAACCUUACGGCAAAGGUUGCGUUGGAAGACAUUGUGGUGAACACGGCAAGCCUUAUGGCAAAGGUUGCGUCGGAAGACAUUGUGAUGGACACGGCCAUGGCAAACCUUAUGGCAAAGGUUGCGUCGGAAGACAUUGUGGUGGACACGGCAAGCCUUAUGGCAAAGGUUGCGUCGGAAGACAUUGUGAUGGAUAUGGCAAACCUUACGGCAAACCUUACGGCAAACCUUAUGGCAAAGGUUGCGUCGGAAGACAUUGUGAUGGACACGGCAAGCCUUAUGGCAAAGGUUGCGUCGGAAGACAUUGUGAUGGACACGGCCAUGGUUGCGUUGGAAAACAUUGUGGUGGAUAUGGCAAGCCUUAUGGUAAACCUUACGUCAAACCUUACGGCAAAGGCUGCGUUGGAAGACAUUGUGGUGGAUAUGGCAAACCUUACGGCAAACCUUACGGCAAACCUUAUGGCAAAGGUUGCGUCGGAAAACACUGUGAUGGACACGGCCAUGGCUGCGUUGGAAGACAUUGUGGUGAACACGGCAAGCCUUAUGGCAAGCCUUACGGCAAACCUUAUGGCAAAGGUUGCGUCGGAAGACAUUGUGCUGGACACGGCCAUGGACACGGCAAAGGUUGCGUUGGAAGAAAUUGUGGUGGACACGGCAAACCAUACGGCAAAGGUUGCAUCGGAAGACACUGUGAUGGACACGGCAAGCCAUACAGUCAUGGUGGGUACGGAAAGCCUAAUUAUGGUGGACACGACAUGCUUCAUGACAGUGGGAAGAAAGACGAUGUUGGAUACGGCGGUGGAUACGGCGGUGGAUACGGCGGUGGAUAUGGCGGUGUACAUGGCGGUUACCGUCGUGGCAAACCAAUCUACGACUAUGAUUGCAAGAAGGCUGGUUACUUCCCAAGCCCAAAGAGCUGUCACAAGUUUAUCCAGUGUGACGAUUUUGGAAAUGCCUUCAUGUUCUACUGCCCCAAAGGGACCGCCUGGGACCAGGAUAAGUGCAGUUGCGACCAUGUGUCCAAUUACCCCAAAUGUGGAGCAUACUACUACAAGCAUGGAUAUUCUAACAACUGUUUGGUUGGAUCUUAUAGCAGCUAAAGACGUUGGUAAACUAAAUAGGAGAUGAUGAAUCAAUCGAAAGAAAACUUUUGGGGACAAACUUUAAUUACUUUUGUAAAAUAAAGGCUGGAAAAUUUGAUUAAUUAAUUUAUAUUUAACAAUCCGUUUUCGUAAAAA